AAGCUACAGUAUGCGGAAUGGUGCCAAGUUUGGCGCAGGACGGAAUGGCGCCAGGAUCAUGAAAUAAACAGAACGAAGGAGAAAAAAAGCCACAUCGUAUUAGGUGCUGAUUCUAUUACGAAGUAUGUAUGGACUACCAGCUCUCAGAUCGUCGCACGGCAUCUGUUGUACUCAUACGUACCACAGCACUUGAACGGGUAACGUCUGGGAUGCUCCGGAUAUUACCAAUGUCUAUCUGCUCCAUACCGCAACGGCCAGCGGCUGAGUGGGUAGCAUUCGCUAGUCAUAGUGCACGAUACUGGUGCUAUCAAACUACUAGCUGCUAUUGCUACCUCACACCUACUGCUGCUAGAUACUGCGCAGCUUGGCUUCGUGUUGCUGCCCUUCAUUCCUCGGACAUGGCCGCUCCAACGGCUCACGCGGAUGCUUUCAAGGCACCCUCCUCCGGAGCUGUCCUUUGUCACAGCAGCCGCCGUGCCUCGAACAGGCAGAGAGGCUGGAAAAAGAGGCCGCGGAUGAAAACCACCAUCUUCGAGGUUGGCGGCGUAGGACUCAGUUGGGAACAUGGACACAGUCAACUUUUCUCUUCCCCCCCUUGUUGAUGCAGUAUGUACGGCGCCCAGACUACUUCGUGCGCCUAACCGACAUCUACCUGAGGAGGCGCACUUGGAUCAUGAUGCCUAUUGGCCAUCGUCAGCCAUAACGAGGCGGCAGUACGGUGAUCACCCUCUCAGAUCUGCCUCGAUAGGGCGACUCUAUC